AUCUCGCCUCUACUAUCACAUGUCUGAUCUCUCGCCAUUACCUGCCGGUUAUUCCGGGGUCACUCUCCUCACUCACUUCCCAUCCAUUACCCACCGCUCAACAUGCCUAUCGUAACUGCAGCAACCAAACUCUUGAAUAUACGCGUACCUGUUGUUCAGGGCGGUAUGCAAUGGGUCGGGCUUCCCAAAUUAGCGGCAGCAGUUUCCAACGCAGGAGGAUUGGGUAUACUCACCGCUUUGACUCAACCGAGCCCCGAGGCCCUCCGGACUGCCAUCCGGGAAACCAAGCGCUUGACUUCCAAAAACUUUGGAGUGAACAUCACCCUCCUUCCCUCGAUCACGCCUCCCGACUAUGUCGGGUACGCGCGAGUUGCCAUCGAAGAAGGCAUUCGCAUUUUUGAGACCGCCGGAAACAGUCCCGGAGCGGUGAUCAAAUUCGUGAAAUCUCAUGGAAGUAUCGUCAUUCACAAAUGCACGACAAUAAGGCAUGCCAAGAGUGCCGCAAAGCACGGCGUGGACAUGUUGAGCAUUGACGGCUUUGAAUGUGCAGGACAUCCCGGAGAAGAGGAUAUCGGAGGGCUCGUUCUGCUUGCACGAGCUGCCAAGGAACUGGACAUCCCCUACAUUGCUUCCGGUGGAAUCGCAGAUGCUCGUGGAAUAGCGGCGGCUUUGGCUCUGGGUGCCUCGGGCGUCAACAUGGGCACUCGAUUCAUGUGCACAGUCGAGAGCCCAAUCCAUGAGAACAUCAAGAAGAAGAUAGUCGAUUCGUCGGAGCAAGACACAGUCCAUAUCUUCCGCACUCUGCACAACACCGCCCGUGUGUUCAAGAACAAGGUCUCGACCGAGGUCGUGAAGAUCGAGCGGCGUCCCGGGGGAGCCAAAUUCGAGGAUGUGCGCGAACUAGUCAGCGGCCAAAGGGGCAAAGUGGUGUACGAGAGCGGCGAUCCUGACUACGGCAUCUGGUCUGCCGGCAUUUGCAUGGGGCUGAUCACCGACAUACCCACCUGCGAAGCACUGGUCAGCCGGCUUGAGACGGAGGUUGAAGAGAUCAUCUCCGGGCUGAACAAAGUGGUGGUUAAGGCAAAACUAUGAACAUACAACAUUAGUGGUUAAUUUAUGUAGUGAUAUGCUACUGCAACAACAACCGCGUUAAUGCUCGCGGAUCUUCUCG